AUGCCUCGUUUAGAUCACAGCUUGACUAUUGCUGUAUUGGCGGCCUCAGUAUGUUUAGCGGCUUUUGGGUUGCGUCGGAGGAAGGUCUCAGGUGUGGUUGCCGAUGGUAUUGAUCAAUGCAUCGGCAAUACCCCCCUGGUGAAGGUCCAUUCUCUAUCUAGGGCGACAGGUUGUGAAAUAUAUGCCAAAUUGGAGCUAGCCAAUCCAGGUGGCUCUGCAAAGGAUAGAGUUGCUUUGGCUAUCAUUAGGAAGAACGAAAAAAAUGGCGUCAUCAAACCUGGACGAGGAGACACAAUUUUCGAAGGAACCUCUGGCUCUACUGGUAUAUCAUUCGCCAUGUUAUGUGAUAGCCUGGGUUAUAAAGCCCAUAUUUGCUUACCAAGCGACACUUCAGAGGAAAAGUUGCAACUCUUGGAAUCUUUUGGUGCUAUCAUUGAAAAGGUUAAGCCUGCAUCCAUUGUGGAUCCGAACCAAUAUGUAAAUGCGGCACGUCGUGGUGCUGAAGUGAUGAGUCAAGACCCUUCUUCCACAUCAGUUGGUGUAUUUGCGGAUCAGUUUGAAAACGAUAGUAACUGGAGAAUUCAUUAUACUACAACAGGUCCAGAGAUCUGGAAUCAAUUACAGGGAAAAUUAGACUAUUUUGUCACAGGCUCUGGAACCGGUGGAACCAUCGCCGGUUGUGCUAGAUUUUUCAAAGAACAGAAGAGGAAAGUACAAGUUUUUUUAGCUGACCCACAAGGCUCAGGCCUUUACAAUAGAAUUAAACAUGGCGUCAUGUUUGACACCGUUGAAAAAGAGGGUACCAGAAGACGCCAUCAAGUCGAUACAGUGAUAGAGGGGAUUGGCCUCAAUAGAGUGACUCACAAUUUUCAUAUGGGGGAAUCUUUCAUAGACGAUUCAGUAAGAGUCUUGGAUGAAGAGGCAAUGAAAAUGGCUUCAUAUCUUUGCAGAAACGACGGAUUAUUUUUGGGAUCAAGCAGUUGCAUAAAUGCCGUCGGUGUACUGAAACUUAUCAAAGAGGGAGUGAUACCAGAGAGCUCAACUGUUUGCUUUAUAGCGUGCGACUCAGGCAACAGACAUCUAUCCAAGUUUUGGCUCGAAGCCAGGCUCUACAAGGACAUUGAAUUAGAUGAUAUCAUCACAAGCGCAGUACAUAAGUUGUAA